AUGCUAGUCACAACGGAUCUAACCGGUAUUACACGAGGUCGGGCAUUCCCAACAGAAGCUAUCGAUGAUUAUUGGAACAGUGGAUGUGGUUGGGUACCAGCUAGCAGUGCUCUAACACCACAGGAUGUCAUUGCUGAUUCGAAUCCGUGGGGUUCACAUGGCGAUCUACGAUUAUUACCUGAUCGGAAGAGUCGAGUUCGAAUCAGUAAUGGACCAGAUCCAACAGCACCGAUUUUCGAUAUUAUCCAUUGCGACAUUAUCGAAACUGAUGGUAAAGCUUGGCCUGUUUGUCCACGUGAGCUUCUUCGUCAAGAAAUUGAACGUUAUCAACAGAUGUUGGGUUUACGAGUUAUAGCUGCCUUCGAACAUGAAUUCACAUUGAAUGGACGACAAUGUAUGAGUGAUUUACCAGCAUUCUCUUUGCGAGCUCACCGUCACGUGGCUGAUUUUGCUGGGUGGUUAGUUGCUGCUCUUCGAUCUGCGGGCGUUGAACCAGAAAUGUUUCUGCCCGAAUAUGGGCGAAGUCAGUAUGAAAUCACUUGCCGACCUACUGAAGGUGUUGCCGCUGCAGAUCGUGCCGUUAAUGUGCGUGAGAUCACUCGAGAUAUUGCUCGACAAAUGAAUAUGCAUGCUAGUUUUUCACCGCAACCAUAUAUCGGAGCCAUAAGCAAUGGUGUUCAUUUGCAUCUGAGUAUUCAAGAUCUUGACGGACAUCCAUUACUCUAUCAAAAAGGACGUCGUUAUGAUUUGUCGGAACUAGGCGAGCAUUGGGCAGCUGGCGUACUGCAUCAUUUACCUGCACUCUGUGCACUUACUGCACCUACACCUGUUUCUUACAUGAGACUGAAACCGCAUCACUGGAGUGCAGCUUAUGUUUGUCUCGGUUAUCGCAAUCGUGAAGCUUCUUUGCGUAUCUGUCCUACUGUAAGCCUUGGAAACCGAUCGAUUGCUGAUCAAUACAACAUAGAAUUUCGUCCAUUAGAUGCUACGGCUAGUCCACAUCUGAGUAUGGCUGCCAUACUCAUUGCUGGACGACUUGGUAUUCAGAAAAAUAUGAACCUGAAAGCAAUAACUGACAUCGAUCCUCAUGAAUUAAGUAAUAAUGAGAGAGAGACGCGCGAUAUCAUUAUCUUACCGUCGAAUCUCUCUGACGCUAUAGAAAUGCUGUUGAAUGACAAUGAUCUUAUCCACGGAUUGCCAAAGCCGAUGGUCGAUACGUAUUUCGCUAUGAAAAAGCACGAAUUAAAAAUAACUAGUGAACUCACUGACCAAGCGGUCUGCGAACAAUAUACACGUAUCUAUUAA